AUGAAUCCUCCAAGUGAAGAUGAGAAUGGUAUUGCUGGCAUUGAGGAAGAAAACAAUAGAGAUUUGGGUCUUUAUUUUGGUGAUGAAGCAAGAAAUGAUGACUGUGAGGUUGAUGAAGACGAAGGGGAUGAUGAUGCAUGGGAUGAUGAUAAAAUUCCUGAUCCUGUAAACCCUCAAAACCAGAUACAACAUCAAAGGAAACAGAAGUUGAUGGUAAAGACAUACGUCAAUGACCAUAAGUGUGAUAAGACAGGGCAUUCCAAGAUACUUAAGAGGUCAACAAUUGCAAGUCUAUUUUCUGAGAGGUUAAGGCUGAAUCCUAAGCUCACAGCAAAGGAGAUACAGGCUGAGAUCUUGAGGGAGUAUCAGAUGGAAGCCAAAGAAACCUCAUGCAUUAAGGCCAAGACGAAGUUGAUGAAAGAAAGGAGGAAGACCCAUGAGGAGCAUUUUGAUAAAAUCUGGGAUUACCAAGAAGAGAUCUUGAGGAGCAAUCCUGGAUCAACCAUGGACAUCGAGACCAUUCCAGGAGCCACAGUUGGAAGCCAGCAGAGGUUCUACAGGCUCUACAUGUGUUUCCAAGCACAAAAGGAAGCAUGGAAGAAGACUUGUAGGCUAGUUAUUGGCUUAGAUGGAGCUUUUUUGAAAUGGGACAUCAAGGGGCAGUUGUUGGCUGCGGUUGGAAGAGAUGGAGACAAUAGGAUUGUCCCUAUUGCUUGGGCUGUAGUGGAGAUAGAGAAUGAUACAAACUGGGAUUGGUUUGUGAAGCAUUUGGCCUUGGAUUUGGGAUUGGAAGAUGGGAAAGCCUUUGUUAUAAUGUCUGACAAACAAAAGGCAGUUCAUACCCUCCUUCCAGAAGCUGAGCAUAUGCAGUGUUGUCGCCAUAUAUACGAGAACUGGAGGAAAGGUGGAAAAGAUCUAAGGUUACAAAAGUUCUUCUGGUUCAUUGCAAGGAGCUACACUCCUGGUUUGUUCAAGUACAACAUGGAGGAGCUUAAGUCCUAUGAUUCAGGUGCACAUGCAUCUCUGAUAAAGACAAAGCCAGAGACUUGGUCUAGAGCUUUCUUCAAGAUAGGCUCCUACUGCAACGAUAAUCUGAACAACUUGUGUGAGUCCUUCAACAAGACCAUCAGGGAGGCUAGGAAGAAGCCUCUGCUAGACAUAUUAGAGGAGAUAAGGCGCCAAAGUAUGACUAGGAACUACAACAGGUCUAAGAUGGCUGACGAUAGGAAGACCAGAUUCACCGAGAAGACACAUAAAGAGUUAGAUAGGGUUGAGAAGAAAUCCAAAGAGUGUAGACUGCCUUGGGCAAUUGGGCCAGAGACUGAGGUGGAGUAUAAAGGCCACUCAUUUGUUGUGAGUUUGGAGAAGGAGACUUGUGCAUGUCGAAGCUGGCAAAUCAAUGGUAUUCCAUGCGUCCAUGCUGCUAAGGUCAUCCUUGAGUGGCCUCAGACCAAUAGAUUAGGUGUGAUUCCACCACCUAAUCGAAACGGCAAUCCUGGUAGGCCUAAAAACCAUGAUAGAAAGAAGGGAACCAAUGAGACAGUGUCUACUACCAAGCUGAGCCGUGUGAACAGAGUUAUGACAUGCUCUAAUUGCAAAGAAGAAGGCCACUACAAGAAUACAUGCCAGAGUGCUUCUGUUCAGAGUCCACCUAAGAAACCAAGAGGCAGACCAAGAAAAAAUCAGAGUCACAAGGCUCCCAACAUCCAUUCUCAUCCUCAUUUCCUCAAUCCUCACAAGCUCAAUCCUCACAAGCUCACUCCUCACAAGCUCAAGCAUCACCGUGGGAAGUUCUCCAAUCUUCACAUGGUCAAUCCUCACAAGCUCAAGCGUGGGGAAGAUGGUUCUCUUAGAUCAGUUUUAAAUGCUUUUGGAACAAGAACUACUCUUUUGUUUUGUUGUGUGUUGGUGUGUUAUCUGCUCUUUUGUGUGUUGAUGAUGGUGUGUUAUCUUUUCUUCUGGUGGAACUACUCUCUGUUUAGUCUCUUGUGGAACUAG